AUGGAAUUAUUGGUACCCAUCAACAAUCGUCUGUACUCUUGGCUCAGUCAUGCCAAGGAAUUUGUUUACACCUUACCUAAUAUAAGUAUAUCCACCUUUACCACCAGCGACCCCAAAACUUGGUUCUUGCCCGUAGAGUUAUAUGAUGAUGAUGUAGGAGUUGAUGAUGACAUGUUGGUAGACACUGGACAUGCUGGUAGCCCAUUUGAGGCCAAAGACCAUUAUGACCUCCCAAUCCGACAAUUUCCUCCACCCUCUUAUACUCAACCUUCGGGAGCACACUUCAAGACACAACAUGAGUACCGGUCCUAUCAACAACACAAUGAGCCCGAACCCGAGUAUCCUCUUGAUAUAUACGCUCAGCUUGUCGCCAUGCGCCUCAAGGGUAACCGAAACACAGCAGCCAUUCGGCGUAUCGAGGAUCAACAAGCUCGCACCAACAACUACAUUGAGGAUCUUUGGUAUCAUUUUCAGCCCGAAGGUGGUUACCGUCCUCGCGGGCCUCCUCAACCUUGA